CACGCCUCUCUUUCUGUACACCGCCUCAGAAUGAAGAGUGAGAACUGCGGCCUCAGGCCUGUGGGAAGCUCUCUGGGACUCUGAAGCUGUGUGUGGAGCUCACCAUCACCGCUUGCAGCUGUGGGCGUCGUCUUGGAGACUCUGACUGGGCAGCGACCUGGCGCAGACGCAGACAGAAACGCAAACGGAGACGCAGACGCUGACUCAGACGCGGGGCUUAGCAGGGCACCAUGGCACAGAGCUCCGUGGUCCAGCCUUGUCUACCAAACAGGAGUGGGAGCUUCUUCAAGCUCAUCACCACCUUCGCCUCGGAGAUCGGGGAGCUGAAGCAGGAGAUGGUGCGGAAGGCCAUGCCAUUGGACAGAGACCCCGACAUGGUGGUCCUGCGGGGUCUGGAGGGGGAGGUGAGCAGGGUGUACCUGCAGCCAGCCCCCUGCCUCAGCACGGCCGGGGCCAGGGACUCGGGGUACGACUCUCUGCGCAGACGGAUGAGCGUGCUGGACAGGCUGGUGCAGACGCAUCCGGUGUGGCUGCUGCUCUCCCUGCCCGACGAGGAGGCCGUCCGUAUCCUGCUGCGGCAGCCGCCAGGGAUGUUCCUGGUGAGAAAAUCGUCUAAACUGCAGAAGAAGGUGAUUUCCCUGCGCCUCGAGGAAAGUUCUGGAACCCCAGUCAGUGACUUCCCCAUCAAGGAGAGCCAGUACACCUUUGCCCUGGAGGGCUCUGGGGUCAGCUUUUCAGACCUCUUCCGUCUGGUGGCCUUCUACUGCAUCAGCAGGGACGUGCUGCCGUUCCCCUUGAGGCUCCCAGAAGCCAUCGCUGCAGCCAAGACUCCCACAGACCUGGUGGCGGUGGCCCAGCUGGGAGCAGGGUUCUGGGACUCCACUCUGUGCAGCUGGUCUGAGACGUCGGGAACUCCGUUUGGCGUGUCAUUGGUGGAGAGCGUUCCCCGCCCCCAGCGGAGACAGAACUGGGACAGGCGCACGGCCUCCCUGCCGACCCUACGCACUCACGCCCCGUCCCAGCUGCAGUGCACCCAGUCCAACGGGGCUCUGUGCUUCAUCAACCCCCUCUUCCUCAAAGUGCACAGCCCCGAGGAGGGCCCCGGCUGUUCUCCCAGCCCUGAAAAGGAGGCGCCCCGCGCCCCCGGCAGCGACCCCCGCCGCGUUAACGCGGAGCACCCCAACGGCACCGCCCGCUCACCCCCGCCGCCACGGCCCCCGCCCCCCCCGCUCGCGUCCCACAGGCCAGCCAAUCAGAGGAGGAUGCCGGAGAAGGUGUCCUGGAUCAGGUACCCGCAGGAGCUCCACGGCUCCAGCAGCCCCACCGCUUCCCCGAACCCCCCCAAAAAGAUCAGCGCCCCCAUCCCGGUGCCGGCAGUGCGCGUGGUGCCAGACGCCCUGGAGGACCGGGUCAUCCAGCAGGCGCUGUCCCGGGCUGUGCAUCGCACACGGGGCCCAGCUCACGGCAGCCCCUCCCCCUCCAGCGCCCCCAGCCUGCAGCGGGACGUCCCGCUCCGGCCCCGCAGCGAGUCCGGCCAGCGGCUGAGCGACCUCAGCAUGUCCACCUCUUCCUCUGACUCUCUGGACUUCUCCCCCAGCGUGCUGCUGCAGGGGGUCAGCCCCACCCGCGCCGACAGCAGCGUGGAGGAGGAGGAGGAUGAGUACGAGGAAGAGGAGGAGGCGGAGGCCAUCGAGGGGGAGGGCGAGGAGUUCGGGGGCAGCAUGGAGAGUGACCCGGAGGUCUGCAGGACCCCGCCGUCCAAGUGGAAGAAGCGGCACAGCCCCGGGACCUUUGUCCUGCCGCGGGUGCUGAGGGGGCAGAUCCGGAAGAUGAGCGAGGUCUUCAGCUCCCUCAUGACGCCCGAAAAGCGAGCCCUGCGCCGAGUGUGGGAGCUGUCCCAGGACAAAGCCUCUGACUUCGGCUGCCUGGUACAGGGCUAUAUCAGCUUCCUGCAGGAGAACCAUGCCUGCCACACCUCCGGCCUGGACCUGCUGCAGACCCUGCGCCACUUCAUCACCCAGAUGAAGGUCUACCUGUGCCAGAGCUCGGAGCUGGACCCCCCCAUCGCGUCCCUCAUCCCUGAGGAACAGAUCGAUCAGGUCCUGGAGAAGGCCAUGCAUAAGUGUGUGCUGAAGCCCCUGAAGGGCAUGGUGGAGUCGGCUCUGCAGGAAUUCGAGGUGAGCAGCGGGGCGUGGAAGCAGCUCAAGGACAACCUGGCGCUGGCCAAGACCAAGCAGCCCCAGGAGCUAGGGGUGGACGGGGGCAUGCCCCCUGACCCCGUGGCCAUCGAGAAGAUCCGUCACAAGAUCCACACCAUGUGCAAGAUGUACUCCCCCGAGAAGAAGGUGUCCUGCCUGCUGCGGGUCUGCAAGAUGAUCUACACCAUCAUGGAGGACAACUCGGGGAGGAUGUACGGGGCCGAUGACUUCCUGCCCAUGCUGACCUAUGUGCUGGCUCAGUGCGACAUGCCGCAGCUGGACAUUGAGAUCCAGUACAUGAUGGAGCUCCUGGACCCCUCCCUGCUGCACGGCGAAGGUGGGUACUACCUGACCAGCGCGUACGGAGCCAUGUCACUCAUCAAGAACUUCCAGGAGGAGCAGGCGGCCGGCAUGCUGAGCUCGGAGACACGCAAUACCCUGCGGCAGUGGCACCGGCGACGCACCGCCCAGCGCUCCAUGCCCUCCAUCGACGACUUCCAGAACUUCCUUCGAGUGGCCCUGCAACGACACGACAACGGCUGCACUGCCAAGACCCUCCCCGUUCGCCCCCACUGCACCACCGAGGAGGUGUGCGCCCUCUGUGCGGACCGGUUUGGGGUGCAGGACCCCAAAAACCACGCCCUCUUCCUCCUCAUCGGGGAGACCAGCCAGCAGCUGGCCCCGGACACCUAUCCCCAGAAGAUCAAGGCCGAAAUCCACAGCCGUCCCCAGGUCCAGCCCUUCCACUUCGUAUACAAGAGGGUGCCCGGCCUGCCCGUGCCCACAGACCAGCUGAACGGGAACCACCCGUCAAACUGAGCUCCUGCGCCUCAGGAUGCAGUUAAAAGCAGCGAGUCCUCGAGGCUCGCAGUCCUGCGAAAAACCGCAGUGAGGUCUCAUAUCUGAGCCUUCCAUACGGAAAAGGCCUGCAUUGACAGGGCUGGCCUGAGGAAGGAGAGAGGAGGGGAGAAGAAAUGUCUGACAGCUGCAGGCUUCUGUUCUGACUCUUUUUAAUCCCCUGGAACCCGUGCUUGUGAGAGACACAUCGGGGGGGCGGAAAUUAGCCUGCACUUUUUUGCAGCCACAAAGCUUAUCUGUUACAGAUUUCCAUUGAGAGGGGCUGUUCAAAGCAGGCACGCCCGGGGCAGCUAAGCAGGGGUCCUUUAAUAUGUUCCUCAUCAGCUGCGGGCAGUGUUUCUGAUUAGGCCCCUCCACUGCAGGCCUAGUGCUGUCUGUUAGUGCUGAGAUAGAGAGUGUCCCUCUCUGGCAUCUCUCUGUCUGCUGUGCCUUAAAGAACUCUCUUUUUUUCACGAAUCCUGACCUAUGAAAGCAGGAACAGCAAGGACUUCAUGUAAAAAGACUGGAUCAAGGGGAAUUCUGGGACAUGUAGGCAUUGAAGUUCUUCCCACUGUCUCAAUAUUGUGUCGGACUCACUGGGAUCUCCUUGCUGUCAGAUCCCAAAUUAAGAAAUAUGGUGUCUCAUUUUUGCCAUGUGAAAAUGGCCAAGAAUAUUGUAUAUAACUAUACAGUAAUUAUAUAUUUUUAUUUAGGAAUCUGGAUGAUUUUUUA